UUUGUGUAUGGGUCUUUAACCAUCUAGUGCUCCAUGUUUUCAGAUGUUCAAGUGUUUUUAGAGUUUUGGCUGAAUGCUGUGUCAGAUUCUUUGUUCUUCUGAUGAAUUCUACCCUCUUCACUGAACUUGGAUGUUUAAAGUUAGCAGACUAUUUAUCUAUUCUUAUUUGGAAAACAGUGUUUACUGGCAUCUGAUUGGAACAGAAAGGGCCCAAGACCUGGCGAGAGAGAACCAGAGCUUUGGUGGUGUUCGAAGUUGUGCUGCGCAGACAGGCGUGAAAGAGGAACCUGGAGAUUCAGUCAUACGGCUCAUUCAUCUCUGAUUUCAAAGUGGCUCGUUUGUCAUCCGCGAUGAUAACCCAAAAGACUAAGGUCUUUGCACUGUUGAUGAUCCUCGCUUUGCUCAUGACGGGUGUCAAAGGCCGCCGAGAAGGGUAUCGCGCAGAAGGCUCUCAGAGCGACGCCGCUCAGAAACGCGCGUCUCGCUCGUCAGAACCAAAGAGCGGUCGUUGCUCGUACACGUUCAUUGUGCCACAGCAGAAGCUGAAGGGCGCGCUGUGUGUGAGCACUGAGACGGCACGUGCCAAUCACUCAGAGAUAGCAGGGUUGCGGGCAGAGUUGAGCCGUCAGCAGGAGCUAUUGGAGAGGCUGCGGGGAAAACUGGAGCAUGAGGGGUCGCUGGUUAGUGAGGUGCGCGUGCUGCGACGGGAAAGUAGCAGUAUGAACGCACGUAUCACUCAGCUCUACGCUCAGCUACUAAACGAAAUCAUUCAGAAGAAAGAUCAGGCACUGGAACAACGGAGACUUGAUGGUCUCCUACUAAACGCAACCCAACAGGUGUUGCAGGUGUCAAGCAGUUACAGGGAGCUAGAGAAGAAGUAUGAGGUGCUUACAUCUCUGAUGAAUAACCAAAGUCAGCUAAUUACCCAGCUGGAGAAACAGUGUCAGCUCACUGGCUUGGUUACUGCUAGGGCUAAUGGAUCCCAUAACGAGAGCGCAGAACCGAAGAGCGUGGUCAAUGAUGUGCAAAGGGACCAGAGUGCUCCUCUGCCUCAGGAGAAAGCCACAGAGGAGAUCCCGGAGCCCUUCACAGCCUCCCACAACUCCGCUACAGACACACCAUUCAUCAGCUAUCCUGUCACAAAGACCCCAGGACCGUGGAGGGACUGCCAGCACGUACUAGAUUCUGGCGAGAGCACUAGUGGCAUCUAUCUGCUGCGCCCGCAGAAUGCCAACCGCUUGCUCCAGGCCUGGUGUGAACAGAGCCAGGCACAGGGCGGUUGGACCGUCAUUCAGAGAAGACAGGACGGUUCUGUCAACUUCUUCAGAACCUGGGAUCAGUACAAGCAAGGCUUUGGGAACCUGGAUGGUGAGUACUGGCUGGGUUUGGAGCAUCUUUACUGGCUCACUGCACAGGCCCAGUACAAGCUGAGAGUGUCCAUGGAGGACUGGCAAGGACGGCAGGUGUUUGCUGAGUACGACAGCUUUCACCUGGAGCCCGAAAGCGACUGGUACCGUUUGCGGUUGGGUAAUUACCACGGUAACGCUGGAGACUCUCUUUCCUGGCACAACAAUAAAGCUUUUACUACUCUAGACCGUGACAAGGAUGCUUAUUCAGGUAACUGUGCACACUACCAGAAAGGCGGCUGGUGGUACCAUAUGUGUGCCCACUCUAACCUGAACGGUGUGUGGUACAGAGGGGGACACUACCGUAGCCGCUACCAAGACGGAGUCUACUGGGCUGAGUUUCAUGGAGGUUCCUACUCCCUGAAGAAAGUUACAAUGAUGAUCAAACCCAUUUAGGCUGAUAUGGGUAAAACUGCUACCUGUCAGUGCAAACAGACUAUUUACAUGUUACAAGGCCAUUGUAUUUCCUCAUGGACUGCACAUGCAUUUGGACAAUGAACAUGUACAUUCAACGAUGAUGCUUAAUUCAUAAGCACGUUUGAUAGCUCCACCUCCCUGGUUUCUGCUUUCUGCUGAAAAGCCAUUGGUUGCUACAGUUAGUAAGAUUAGUAUCUGAAAAUUCACAGGCUAAAUGAGAAUUUCAUGUAUAUAUAAUGCUUUCUGAGACAUUUUAAUUAUGAUUUUCUGGUUCUGAGAGGCAGAGUACACACUUUAGGAGGUGCUGGGUCCUUUUGUACUGAUUUACUUAUUUUGAAAAAAAAAAAAAGGCUACUGAUAAUAAGCCUAUGGUAGACUAUAAAUAAAGAUUGUGAAAUACCAUCA